AAGUUUUUUUUUCUAAUUUUAAAAUUAAACUUUUUAAAUUUUUUUCAUUUGUUGUUUGUACCCUUUCAUUGAAAAUAUCUUGAUUUUAUUAAAUAAAACAUAUCAUAUACAAUGACCAAACAAUUUGAUUUACUUAUAUUUGGUGCAACUGGAUUUACUGGACGUUUUGUUGUUGAACGUUUAGUUCAAACAAUCCAAAAUUAUGGUUUAAAAGAUUUUCGUUGGGCUGUUGCUGCACGUAAUAUUAAUCAAUUACGAAAAUAUCUUGAUGAUACUGAACAAUAUUUGGGCAGAAAAUUUGCUCAUAAAUUGGAUAUAUUUCAAACCGAUAUUGAAUCGGAACAAUCAUUACGUGAUGUUUUUGCUCGUAGUAAAUUAGUAAUGAAUUGUGUUGGCCCGUAUAGUCUGUUGGGUGAACCUGUUUUAAAAGCAUGUUUAGAUUCAGACGCUCAUUAUAUGGAUCUAAGUGGUGAACCAUUGUUUUUGGAAAAAAUGCAUCUCCGUUAUGAUCGUUUAGCACGUGAUCGUCGAUUAUGUGCAGUUGGUUCAUGUGGUUUUGAUUCAAUACCAUCGGAUAUUGGUCUUUCAUAUUUGAAACAACAAUUUUCGGGACGUUUAAAUCAUGCCGAACAUUAUCUACAAUUACAUACGGAUGGUCGUAAAUUUAAUUAUGCAACAUGGCGUGCAUUAGUUGAAGGUUUUAAAUAUCGUGAUCAACUUCGUUCAAUGCGUGAAGAAUUAUUCCGCCAAUAUCGUAAAUUUUCAUGGCCUGUUCAAUUGAAACGACAAAUGUUUUAUCGACAUCCACAAUUUGGUUAUUGUAUUCCAUUCCCGGGUAGUGAUCGUUCAGUUGUUAUACGUAGUCAAAUGCAACGUUUCACUGAGCAUGAUGAAUUACCUUCACAAUGUGAAGUUUAUUUUUCUCUAGAUAAUCCUAUCGAUAUUGUCAAAUUGGUUGCUAUGAAUUAUAAUCUUAAAUUUUUAAGUCGUUUUGAAAAAGGUGAAAAAUUAUUGCUUCAACAUUCAAGUCUGUUAUCAUUCGGUACAUUUGAACGUAAUCGAUUACCCGAUCGUAAAGCACUUGAAUCAAAUCGAUUUAAAUUUACAUUAAUCGGUACUGGUUGGCCCAAAGAUACCACUUCGUUUACCAAAGAUACAAUGACACAAACCAGUGCUGUCACAAUAUCCGGUGGUGAUUUAGCCUAUAUUGAUACGGCUAAAAUUGCCGUACAAACAGCUCUAGCACUGUUGGAUAAAUUAAAACAUAAUGAUAAUGUUCAUUAUGGUGUUAUAACACCGGCAGUUGCAUUCGAACCCGAAGAAAUUGUUUCACGUUUACAAAACGAAAAUAUCCAGAUUGAAUUUAUUUCCAAAUUAUGAAAAUUUAAAAAAAAAAUCAAAUAAAAGUUGUUUCCAGAUGUAAUACAUAGGGGUCAAUGUUGUGUGUAAGUGAUGUAUGUCUGUUGUUUUAAUUAAUUAAAUAAUAAAUUCAUAAUAUCG